AUGAAGGGUGUUGACGUUGUUAGUAAGACUGCAGAAGGUUCUCGCAAGCUCCUUUGUGGGGCCAUUGAAGGUGAUGUGGUAUACUCGGGCCUAGAGCGUCAUUUUGAACUGCGUGAUCUGCAACCAGCUUCGCGGAUUGCCUUUCGUGUGAGAGCUAUAAACUCUGCAGGUGCUGGAGGUUGGAGUCCCGUGGGGGGUUGUGUAAUGCCUGCUGCUCGACCUGACCAGCCUUCUGGUCUUGCCCUGGAUUCUUCCUCGGUCUCAACGACGUCCAUCACAGGAGCAGUAUCUGAGUCAGAGGUUUCUGUUGGAGGCGUUUCAAUGACCACUGCUCGUCUUGUCUGGACUGCUCCUUUUGACAACGGCUGUCCUAUCACCUGUAAGCGCUUUUUAAUAGCUUAUCAUUCUUUAGUAACGUUUUUUUAUUUUACUUCCGAAGGAGUAAAUGAAGACUUCUUGAUAGCAUAA